AAAAGUAAAAGACAUCCAUCUUCCAUUGAUAAAAGAAGAGUCUGGUUUUGAAUGGCCGUAUGAUGUCAAAGUCGAGAGAAAAAAUGAACCAGACAUUGAAAACAGAAAUAUCGCAGUAAAAGAUGAGCCUAUUUAUUUGUUUGGGGAGGAGGAAGAGAUAAAACCUGUCAUAGUCAUGAAACCAGAGUGCUUCACAGAUAUUGGUAUGGUAAAAACUGAACCACAUUUUGAAUAUUUUCCUGACAUUGAUGAUGAAGUGAAACCAAAAGUGGAGACUUUUGGGAAAGAGGAAGUGCCUGAAUGGGAGGGUCCAGACUUUGGAGAGAUGGGAAAGACAGAAGGACAAGUGGGAGAUGUGGAGGAGCCCAUGUUCGUUGAGGAUCACAUGAGUCAGGCUGGAAGGCUACAGCAGCAAAUCUCCACUGUAAGGGGUUUGUCUAUGGCGCAGAGUUCCAACCCAGACACAGAUGUUGUUGCAUCCACUCACCAAACUUCAACUUUCUCUGCUGAUCCAAUUCUUCUGGAAUGUAAUGUCUCAAAUUCUGGCUUUAGGGUCAAGAAUAAAGAUUCAGGUUUCAACUUUUCUUGUGCUGUGUCUAUUUCUGGUUCUGUAAAUUUUUCUGAGUCUCCUUCUAGUACCACACAGCCAAAAGUGUACAAAGAAACAGAUUCUGGUCAUUCAGAUAAUCCCAGGCUUACAGUUAGGGAAAAUACUUACUCAGAAGAAACACCUCUCCAGUGUAAAGUUUGUGGUGAACAGUUUACACAAAGUGAUAACCUACUGAGACAUAAAGAAAUACACACUGGAGAAAAAAGCUUUACAAAGAGUGGCAGCCUUCAGAGACAUAAAAGAACACACGUGGGAGAAACAUCUUACAGUGAAGUUUGUGGUGCGACAUUUGCACAGAUGGGUGUCAUGCAGAGACACAGAAAAAUACACACUGGAGAAAAGCCUUACAAGUGUGAAGUUUGUGGUGUUAUGUUUACACGAUCCAGUGUCUUAAAGAGUCACCAAAGAGCACACACUGGAGAAAAACCUUACGAGAGUGAAGUUUGUGGUGAAAAAUUUACGAAAAGUAGAACCCUACUGGGACAUAAGGCACACACAGGGGAAAAGGUUUACAAGUGUGAAGUUUGUGGUGCAACGUUUGCACAGAUGGUUGUUCUGCAGAGACACAUAAAAGCACACGUAAGAGGAAGGCCUUACAAGUGUGAAGUUUGUGAUGUAAUGUUUACAAAAGCGAGUGUCUUGAAGAGUCACCAAAGAAGACACACAAGGGAAAAGCGGUGUGAAGUUGGUGAAAAGUUUACCAAAAGAGGUAAUCUACUGAAACAUAAAAGGACAUAUACGGAAGAAAAACCUUACAUGUGUGAAGUUUGUGGUGAGAGGUUUACAAAAAGUGAUAGCCUACUGAGACAUAAAUUAACACACACUGGAGAAAAACCUUACCAAUGUGAAAAUUGUGGUGCGACUUUUGCAGAGAGUGACAGCCUUCACAGACACUUGAAAAAAGCACACACCAAUGAAAAAGCUCACAAAUGUGAACUUUGUGGUGCAACAUUUGCAGAGAGUGACAAUCUUCACAAACACAAAAGAACACACUUGGAAAAAAAAUCUUACAAAUGUGAACUUUGUGGUGCGACAUUUGAACAGAUGGGUGUCCUGCAGAGACACAUGAAAGUACACGUCAGAGGAAGGCGCUUCAAGUGUGAAGUUUGUGGCGCAAUGUUUACACUAGCCUGUGUUUUGAAGAGUCACCGAAGAGCACACACAGGAGAAAGAUCUUACGAGUGUGAAGUUUGUUGUGAAAAGUUUACCCAACCCAGUGUCCUGAAGAGUCACCAAAGAUUACACACGGGAGAAAAACCUUACAAGUGUGAAGUUUGUGGUAAAAGGUUUACACAAAGUGGUGGCCUGCUAAUACAUAAGAGAACACACACGGAAGAAAAACCUUGGAAGUGUGAAGUUUGUGAUAAAAGGUUUGCAUAUCGUAAUUACCUACAGGUUCAUAAAAGGACACACACAAAAGAAAAACUUUACAAGUGUGAAGUUUGUGGUGGAGCAUUUUCAGAUCUUUCGUCCUUGAGGAGUCACAAAAAAACACACACAGGAGAAGAAAACUACAAAUGUGAAAUUUGUGGAAGAGCAUUCAUGUCAAGUCGGUCCCUACUGAUACAUAAAAGGAGAGUACACACAGGAAAAAGACGUUACAAGUGUGAAGCUUGUGGUAAAAUGUUUUUAUUUGCCAGUGCCUUGAAGAUUCACGUACGAACACACACAGGAGAAAAGCCUUACAAUUGUGAAGUUUGUGGUAAAAGUUUUGUUCAUAGUAGUGGCCUUUCAGUACAUAAAAGAAUACACACAGGAGAAAAACCUUUCAAGUGCGAAGUUUGUGGUAAAACGUUUAUUGGAAGUGGAAACCUAGGAGCACAUAAAAUAACACACACAGGAGAAAAACCAUACCAAUGUGAAAUUUGUGGCAAAAGAUUCACAAGAGCUUCUCACCGAGUAAGACAUAAUAUGGAAUACACUGGAGAAAAACCUUGUAAGUGUGAAGUUUGUGGAAAACGUUUUAUAAGUAGGCCUACAAGGUGUAACCGACUAGUACAUUAUAAAGGAACACACAGAGAAGAAAAACCUGACUAGUGUGA